UUAAAUUAUAAUGAGAUUGGCAAGAUUCGGGAUUCCAACUAUUUUAAAACGAUUACCAUUAACUUAAUUACCAAAAUUUAGGCCAGCAAUAGUAAAAUCAGUUGCAAUAGGAGCCUUAUUUACAAGUCUAACAUGGAGAUAAGCUCUAAGAUUAGAUGAAUUCUAAAGCACAGUAGUUUCUGAUGUUAAUGAAUUUUGCUGUGUAUUGGUACUAGAAUUGACUGAAGGAGAUGCAAAUCUAUAACAUGAUGCUUUAAAUGCAUUAAAAGAAGUUCCAAGACUCGUUUAAAAAAAGUCUAAUGAAGAUGGUAUUAAUGAAUAAAUAAUAUUAGAUGAAUUGGAUCCAGUUACAGUAGGAGUUGGAUUUUAAACAAAGUUUUGGGAAAAAUUGACUAGAACACCAUAGAAUGAUUAUGAAGCUAGAGCUGGUACUUAUGGAUCUAUGCCAUAUGGUAAAGGAAAUGUGAUUGUACAUGUAAAAGCUUAAAAUAGAUCAUUAGCAUUCGAAACUAUUUAAGUACAUUUCUAUAUAUAAAUAUAUAUUAGAAAGUAGUAAAAAGUUUACCAAAAGGAUCUUAUCGUGUUGUAUCAGAAAGAUAUGGAUAUAAAUAUUAAGAUGGAAGAGAUAUGAGUGGAUUUUUAGAUGGUACUAUGAAUCCUAGUCUAAAAUAACAGAGAUAAAAAGUAGCUGUAAAUGAAAGAGGAGGUAGCUAUAUGAUUCAUUAAAUAUGGCAUCAUAAAUUAGAUUGGUUAGAUAAAAUUACUGAAGAUGAAUAAGAAAAAAUGGUUGGAAGAAAGAAAUCUAACUCAUUUGAGUUAAGACCACUUCCUAUUGAUAGUCAUGUUACUAGAACUAGAAGUGAAGAUAAUAAGAGAUUGUUAAUUGUAAGAUAAUCUCAACCUUUUGGUACAGUUACUGGAGAUCAUGGUUUACUCUUUAUUGCUUAUGCUAAAGACUUAAAUAAUUUUAAUACAAUGCUUGAUAGAAUGACUGGAAAAGGAGAUGGAAUCAAUGAUCAAAUUAUGAAAAUGUCUAUGUAAUUAUUCUUAUUUAUUAUUUUAGUAAUUCUUAUGGCAAUUAUUUCUAUAUACCAAGUGUAUAAGAACUACAAAAAUUAUGAGACAAUAUAUAUUAACAUAAUAUCAUUAUUAUUCAG